AGUAAUUUUGCCACCUGUUGGCUCGCUCCCCAGGCAUCGAGCUCGUAUCAAUCUCUGCACAGAGUCUAGAGAAGUAAUCAGACAGUCAGUAGAGCGCGUUGGGGCACAGCAUCCAUCAGUACACUCGUCGAAUCGGACACCGGGGCGCCUCCUCCACCGAACACGUCAGCACAGCUCGACAAGAUGGCAAAGGCGUCUCCACGCAAGGCAGGCUCGAAGCCAAGCUCGUCUGGCUCAAAGUCAGGCAGCAAGAAGGCUACACCGGCAGGCCCUGCUGCAGCAACGCGUUCGUCGAAGCCAGACCUCGUCAGCUUGGAGUCCCCCAAACCGUCGACUCAGUCAGGAUCCGGCUCUUCUGGCAAAUUUGCCUGGACGGCUAUCGCCAUCUUCCUGGGCUAUGUCAUCCUGAUCAAUCUGAUCAAGUACAGUCCCGGCUUGGACGCGUACAUCACCACGCGGCAAGACAAGGCGACGAGAUGGAUCUACGACUCUGCACCAGAGUACUUGCCCGCUGGCGUCCGUAGCGAGAUUGCAAAGACGGGCGGCGCAUGGAUCAAGGCGUUCAACGAUCAGAAGGAGGCCGGCAAGCAGUUCGUCAGCGCCAAGUUUGGCACAAUGGCACAGCAGAACGUUGGCGUGCCGCUCCAGCAAGAGAUGACAAGGGAGAGCCAGAACGUCUUAGACGCUGCCGGUCAGAUCAUCGACGCCGGCAAGACAAAGCUGGAGGAGCUCUACGAACGUGCGGGAGGGAUGGACGUGGACGACUUGCUCUCUGUCGCUCAAGAAUACGCUCGUUCCCACUCCGGCGACUCACAUGCCGAACUAUGAGGAUACCUAGUCCAAUCGAACCCUAAUCUGAUGUUGUAGCCUUUGCUAAUCUGAAGCCUUCAUCUUGUGACAUGCGUGCAACGCUAUACAUAUGAGUUAUGACUGUGAGUAUGAGUGUUAUUCGAGGGUAUCAGGUUGUGUGCUGGGAGUUCUAUGCCAAUGCGAGUCCUGCGCCGGCGAUGGCUGCCAGUACGGCCACAGAGAUGCCCACGAGAGCAUUGUGGCCGAUGAGGUCGACUGCUCCCGAAGUAGUGACUGCUGAUGUCACAGUACCACCUGCGGAUGUGGCUCCAGUGGCAAUCACUGUUCCCACACUGCCUGCGCCCGAAGUGACGGUGCUAGCCACACCCGUAGCGACGGAUUGGGCGCCCGUCGCCACAACUGUGCCAACGCUGCCAGCGCCUGAAGUCACCGUACUGGCAACACC